AUGCCCGUCCUCAGAGACUCCCGCUCGCGCUCACGUACGCACUAUGGACCCGCCGAGCCAUACAUCCCACACCCACUCCUCGUCGCGCACGCCGGGCGCACCGUCGCCGUCCCGCGCACCGCAGUCUACAUGCAAACGCUCUGGAACAUCAAGACUUCAUUCCGAGCACUUCAAGGCGUCGACGUCUCGCGCCUCGUUAUUAAGAGCAAGGCUAUACCCGGCUGCGAAGGUGUCAACGCCGAAGUAUCGGCUGCGCUUUGGCCGGGUGUUGCGAGUAGGAUCGGCGCGUUGGAGAUUGUCGUGGAUGAGGAGGGCGGAGACGAAGUGAAGGUGGAGGACGUGCAGAACGAGCCGUCCGAAGCUAGCGAAGCAACCCCAGCGCCCGACGCCGACAACGAGCGCCCGAUCCCGCGCGCGCCUUCUCCAGCUCCGCACCAAGACCAAAUCUUCGUCAAAACCCUCACCGGCCGCACCCUCACCUUCUACGUCGACCUCAGCAUCUCAGCGAAGGCCUUGAAAGCUCUCGUCGCCGUGCGCGACGUAGGCACCAACCGCAGUGCUGAGAGGUGGUGCCUCGCGCACGCCUACUCCGGCGUCAAGCUGUUGCCCGAGCGCACGCUCGCCGGGAAUAAGGUCCGCAAAGAGUCUACGCUGCAGAUGGUACCGCAGUGUGGUGGAUCGGCGUGGUGGCCGCUUGAUCCCACUGGUAUGGUCGCCUUGUUGAAUAGAGCUGGAGUUACGCGUGUCUAA